ACGGGUUCGGCCCCGGAAGUGCCGUGUGGAUAGUAAAUAAGCAGCGAAAGACAGGAAAGGUGCUGGCUCCAUCUUGUCGGCCUCCGCCGCUCCUGCGACGUCGGGGCGAUGGGGAGCGUUUUGGGGCUGUGCUCCAUGGCGAGCUGGAUACCCUGCUUGUGUGGCAGUGCUCCAUGUUUGCUGUGCAGAUGCUGCCCCAGUGGAAACAACUCCACUGUAACUCGGUUGAUUUAUGCACUUUUCUUGCUUGUUGGAGUGUGUGUAGCUUGUGUAAUGUUGAUACCAGGAAUGGAAGAACAAUUGAAUAAGAUUCCUGGAUUUUGUGAGAACGAGAAAGGUGUCGUCCCUUGUAACAUUCUGGUUGGCUAUAAAGCUGUCUACCGUUUGUGCUUUGGCUUGGCCAUGUUCUACCUUCUCCUCUCUCUGCUGAUGAUCAAAGUGAAGAGCAGCAGUGAUCCGAGAGCUGCAGUGCACAACGGAUUCUGGUUCUUUAAAUUUGCUGCAGCAAUUGCAAUUAUUAUUGGAGCUUUCUUCAUUCCAGACGGAACUUUUACUACUGUGUGGUUCUAUGUAGGCAUGGCAGGGGCCUUUUGCUUCAUCCUUAUACAGCUGGUCUUACUUAUUGAUUUUGCCCACUCCUGGAAUGAAUCAUGGGUUGAAAAAAUGGAAGAAGGGAACUCAAGGUGCUGGUAUGCAGCUUUAUUAUCGGCUACAGCCCUGAAUUAUUUGCUGUCUUUAGUUGCUAUUGUCCUCUUCUUUGUUUACUACACUCAUCCAGCCAGUUGUUCAGAAAACAAAGCGUUCAUCAGUGUCAACAUGCUGCUCUGCCUUGGUGCUUCUGUAAUGUCUAUACUGCCCAAAAUCCAAGAAUCACAGCCAAGAUCUGGGUUAUUACAAUCUUCAGUAAUUACCAUUUAUACGAUGUACUUGACUUGGUCUGCUAUGACCAAUGAGCCAGAAACAAAUUGCAAUCCGAGUCUCCUCAGCAUAAUUGGCUACAAUACAACAAGCACUAUUCCAAAGGAAGGGCAGUCUGUCCAGUGGUGGCAUGCUCAAGGAAUUAUAGGACUCAUUCUCUUUUUGCUGUGUGUGUUUUAUUCAAGUAUCCGCACUUCAAACAACAGCCAAGUUAAUAAACUGACUCUCACAAGUGAUGAAUCAACUUUAAUAGAAGAUGGUGGAGCUCGAAGUGAUGGAUCCCUGGAGGAUGGAGAUGAUGUUCAGCGAGCUAUAGAUAAUGAGAGAGAUGGUGUCACUUACAGUUACUCCUUCUUUCACUUCAUGCUUUUCCUGGCUUCACUUUAUAUCAUGAUGACCCUUACCAACUGGUACAGGUAUGAGCCUUCACAUGAGAUGAAGAGUCAGUGGACAGCUGUCUGGGUGAAAAUCUCUUCUAGUUGGAUUGGCAUUGUGCUGUAUGUUUGGACACUGGUGGCACCAUUAGUUCUUACAAAUCGUGAUUUUGACUGAACUGGACUUCUGGCAUGAAAGUCCCACUUCAAUUGUUUAUUUGAAAUUAACAGUAUUCCCACAUUUUGUAAAGUUGUAUGUGUGUACUACCCAUGUAACUCCUUCAAUGUUCUGGCAUGAGUUAGAUUUUACUGCUUGCCAGUUUUUUCAUUACUGUCUUAUCAAGUCAUUGAUAGGUUAGAGUGAAUCACAGAGAGUUUUAUGAAUGUAGUUGUGGUUUAGAAAAGUGUAUUUAAGGUGUGUUUAGGCUGUUUUAGAAUGUAGAAGCUGCUGUUUGAAAUGUUUGAUGCCUUGCUCUACUAGAGACUGCAAAGAACAUGGUUGUUCUGCAGUUGUAUAAAAAAGUCAAUUAAAUACUGGUUAUCUGAAAAAUCUUUCAAGGUUUUUUUAUUUAGAAAGAUAGGAACUUAAAACUAGGUGUGUUUGAUGGACAGCAGUGCAGAUUAUGCAUGGAGGUUGAGGCACAGAGCCUUCAAAAGACUACUGGUACUUACUAAAUUGAUACCCAAUUAGGUUGUAAUGUUUUCUGGGUAGGAGUGGUUUAAUGAGGCAUUAUGAAUGCCUUAAGGACAAAGGUUUUGAAGUGGAUAAUCAUGGGUUUAGGAAAGUGAAUUGGAAAUCAGUUUGACAGUUGUUUUUGAAAAUCAGAGAUAGCAAACUUUUGACUGAACUGGAAGAAGCCAUAAAAUAAUGGGCUACCGUAGAUACUUAGGUAAAAGUAGUCCAGUUCACAUUGAAAUAAAAAUAAAGACAAACAUAGAAAAGCAGCUCUGAUAGUGGCAAAGCUAGGAAAUCCCACAUCUGCCCAAAAUAGCUGACAUUAUUCCUGGUAUUCAAAAAUAAUUUGUUUAAACUACACGCAUAAUAGAUUUUACACUUCACUAGUGGUAUAGUUUGUGUGAUGUGGAUUGCUGGUGUCCAGCAUGCCUUCUAUAAACUGAGGCCAAGAGAAUGAUGGAAUGCUGUAGAAUAAACUCCUGCUUUCAGUAUAGUAUACAGUAUAAAACAUGUUUAAAUGCUUUUGUAUUUACUGCCAUCUAAUUGAAAUAGAUUAUAACCUCCAACUUAAAAAUAAAGCAGUGUGAUAGUUAACUUAGAAGCUUAGUAACUUGUGUUAUUAGUAACUUAACCUUAAGAUACCUUUUGCUUCUUUUAAGGUAUUUAUUAAUAUAAAUGAAUAUAAUUCACAUUACGUUGCCAGCUUUGUGUUGAUACUGUGGUACAUGAUUUUGAAUGAUAGUUCUAUCUAAAUAAAUGAAUUCCAAGAAA